AUGGCAAGUAUUAUUUCUGACGUUGCGCAUCUUCGACAACAACAUGAUCAUGGUAAAAAGCAACAUGAUCAGUUAGUCGUUCAGUACGACAGCAAACCAUUUCAAGAUGGUGAUGAAUUGCAGAAAUCUGCCACUCAAACUGAGCCCAAUGUACAAAUUAACAUCGAAAAUGACCCGAAUAAACCUCAUUUAACUUUAAUUUUAGCCGACCCUGACGCCCCUCAACGCGGUAACGAACGUGCUGGUCCAUGGUCACAUUGGAUUAAAGCUGGAUUUCAAGGAAAUAAUGUUACCAGUGGUAAAACACUAGCUGACUAUCAAGGUCCAGCACCACCGUCUGGCACUGGUCCACAUCAGUACAUUUUUUUAUUAUAUAAAUCGGCAACAAAUGACUUCUCGAAACAUGGUGAAUCGAUUGCAGUUAGUGAUUCGGGCAAACGUAAACAAUUUCAUUUGAAGAAAUUUGAAACUGAUCAUCAAUUGGAGUUGGUGGCAACAACAUCAUACACAGUGAUCGGCUAA